CUCAGAGGCAGGUUGUUCGGUAGUUUCUACCGGACUUCCAGAAGAUGGGCACAGGUAGUGGGACACAAAUACCACUAUGGAUAUCAAUACUAGCACUUGCCUACGUACAGAUCAAAGUUCAAGCUCAGGGCAAUGAGCAACAAUCACAAUCGAACUAUGACUCUCCAUUAUUCCUGCAGCAACAAAAUAAUCUUUCACCAGUUUCCAAAUCCCAUGGACUGACGUUCAUCCCACCUCCUCCAAACACACUGAAAGUAAAGGCUGGCAACCCCUCUCACAAUGGCCGUGUAUGCAGUACAUGGGGUAACUUCCACUUCAAGAACUUUGAUGGGGACAUCUUUUACUUCCCUGGGGUCUGCAAUUACAUCUUUACAUCCAACUGCAAAUCUCCCUAUGAGGACUUCAAUAUCCAGAUUAGGCGCACCACUGGGGAAAAUGCUACCGUGAUCACUCACGUCAUCAUGAGGCUGGAAGGAGCAGUGGUUGAAUUGACACGCACCUCUGUCCUGGUCAAUGGCAAACAGAUUCAGAUGCCCUAUAGCCAUAUGGGAAUCAUGAUAGAGAGAAGCAACAACUAUUUGAAAGUUUCUGCCAAGUUAGGACUGAUCUUUCUCUGGAAUGAAGAGGAUGCCCUCCUGGUGGAACUAGAUAAGAAAUACGCCAACCAAACCUGUGGACUCUGUGGGGACUUCAAUGGAAUCCCAACUAACAACGAGUUUAUUUCACAAAAUGCAAAACUGACUGCUCUACAGUUUGGGAAUAGGCAGAAGAUAGAUGGACCCACAGAGCAGUGUGAUGAUCCUAUUCCUUCCACUGUUCUGAUGAACUGCUCAUCUGAAUUUGCUUCUAUCUGCAAGACAGUAUUAACCAGUGAAGCAUUCACAAGCUGUAAUGCUCUUGUGGAUGUUCAGGACUACAUUGAAACUUGCAUACAAGACCUAUGCCACUGUGAUACUUCUAUGGCAGACUUCUGUAUGUGCAACACCUUUGCUGAAUACUCCCGGCAGUGUGCUCAUGCAGGUGGACAGCCUCUGAACUGGAGAACCUCAGAAUUAUGUCCCAAGUCAUGUCCUUUCAACAUGCAACACCAGGAGUGUGGCUCCCCCUGCUCCGACACCUGCAGCAACCCCGAACGAUCUGCACUUUGUGAAGAUCAUUGUACAGAUGGCUGUACCUGUCCUUCAGGAAUGGUAUUUGACGACAUUAAUGGUGCUGGCUGUAUUCCCCGUAAGGAAUGCCAUUGUACCUAUGAAGGCGAAACUUAUGCUCCUGGUACCUCCUUCUCAUCUAAAUGCAGAUCAUGUACUUGUGCUGGGGGUGAAUGGACUUGUGUCACCCAGUCAUGUCCAGGGACUUGCAGCAUCGAAGGAGGCUCCCACAUUACAACAUUUGAUGAAAAAUAUUAUUCCUUCUAUGGAGAUUGUAGCUAUGUCCUAACCAAGCUCUGUGACAGCAAUGAUUUCACUGUUCUGGGUGACAUCUACAAGUGUGGUCUCACUGACACUGAGACUUGCCUCAAGGGCGUAGCCAUCAGUCUAAGUGGAGGACAAACUAACAUUGUGAUCCAGCCUUCUGGCAGUGUAUUUGUGAAUAUGAUCUACACACAGCUGCCCUUCUCUGCAGCAAAUGUCACCAUCUUCAGACCAUCAUCAUUCUUCAUCAUUUUACAAACAACUUUUGGUCUUCAGCUGCAGAUUCAAAUUGUACCUCUCAUGCAACUUUUUAUAAAUUUAGAUCCAUCACAGAAAGGGCAGACCUGUGGUCUCUGUGGAAACUUCAAUGACAUCCAGACAGAUGACUUCAAAACCACAAGUGGUGUAAUAGAGGGUACUUCGGCUGCCUUUGGCAAUACUUGGAAAACUCAGGCUGACUGUCCUGAUGCCAAAAUUACCUUUGAGAACCCCUGCACUCUCAGUAUAGAAAAUGAUAACUAUGCUCAGCACUGGUGUGGCUUGCUCUCUGAUACCAUGGGACCUUUUGCAGAAUGUCACUCAACAGUGAAUCCAGAAGUUUACCAGAAGAACUGCAUGUUUGAUACAUGUAACUGUGAGAGUACUGAGGACUGCAUGUGUGCUGCCCUUUCCAGCUAUGUCAGAGCCUGUGCCGCUAAAGGAAUACUCGUUAAUGGAUGGAGGAACAAAGUCUGCACAAAAUACACCAACACGUGUCCAAAAUCCUUGGAGUACACUUACAAUGUUGAUUCCUGUCAACCUACUUGUCGUUCUCUGAGUGAGCCUGAUGUCACAUGCAACAUCAAGUUUGUCCCAGUUGAUGGCUGCACCUGUGUAAAUGGAACCUACAUGGAUGAAAGUGGCAAAUGUGUGCCUGCAUCUAGCUGUCCUUGUUACUACAAAGGAAUGCCUCUGUCUACUGGAGAAGUUAUUCAUGAUAAUGGCAUUGUCUGCACUUGCAGUUACGGAAAGCUGAGCUGCAUUGGAGAGAAACCAUCACCAGUCUGUGAACCUCCCAUGGUCUAUGUUGACUGUGGCAAUGCCACUGCAGGUGUCAUAGGAGCAGAGUGCCAGAAGAGUUGUCAGACUUUAGACAUGGAAUGUUACAAAACCCACUGCGUCUCUGGCUGCAUAUGUCCUCCUAAUUACGUAUCAGAUGGCAAAGGUGGCUGCAUAGUUGCUGAAGAGUGCCCAUGUGUUCACAAUGGGUAUUCCUACCGUCCAGGAGAAUCAAUCAGAGUUGGCUGCAACAACUGCACAUGUAGAAACAGAAAGUGGCACUGCUCCGAGGAACCUUGCCUAGAAACCUGUUCAGUUUAUGGAGAUGGGCAUUAUACCACCUUUGAUGGCAAACGCUUUGAUUUUGAAGGAGACUGUGAAUAUGUUCUAAUCCAGAACUACUGUGGCAGAAAAGGUUUGAAUCAGGGAACCUUCAGAGUAAUCACUGAAAACAUUCCAUGUGGCACAACAGGAACCACCUGCUCCAAGUCCAUUAAAGUUUUCUUGGGGAACUACGAGCUGGUGCUCAGUGAUGGACAUUCUGAUGUCAUUCAGAGGUCACCUGGAGGAGAAAUGCCAUUCCAAAUCCGUUCCAUGGGCAUCUACACGGUUGUUGACACUACUGUUGGUCUGAUACUCAUGUGGGACAAGAAAACCAGUAUAUUCAUCAAACUUAGUCCCAGCUUUCAGGGACAUGUCUGUGGCCUUUGUGGAAAUUAUGAUGGCAAUGGAAACAAUGACUUCACUACGCGCAGUCAGUCUGUGGUAGGAAAUGUGCUGGAGUUUGCCAAUAGCUGGAAAGUGUCCUCUACUUGCCCAAAUGCCAAUCAAACCAAAGAUCCAUGCACUGCAAACCCAUACAGGAAAUCCUGGGCACAGAAGCAAUGCAGCAUCAUUACCAGUGAAGUAUUUGCAAAGUGUCACUCCCAGGUUGAACCGAAUGAAUAUUAUCAAGCAUGUGUGGAUGAUGCUUGUGCUUGUGACACUGGAGGAGACUGUGAAUGUUUUUGUACAGCAGUAGCUGCCUAUGCUCAAGCGUGCAAUGAGCUGGACAUUUGCAUUUCAUGGAGAACCCCAUCCAUUUGUCCUCUGUUCUGCGAUUACUACAAUCCACAGGGGGAAUGUGAAUGGCACUACAAGCCCUGUGGAGCCCCUUGUAUGAAGACCUGUAAUAAUCCAAGUGGGAAGUGCCUUCAUGAGUUGAGAGGUUUGGAAGGCUGUUAUCCACACUGCCCAAAGAAUAAGCCCUAUUUUGAUGAAGAAACCAUGGCUUGUGUUUCUAAUUGUGGUUGCUAUGAGAAUGGAAAACAUUACAAGCCAGGAAUGCAGAUGCCUUCAAAGCAGAACUGCCAAGCAUGUGAAUGCACAAACCAUGGCAAAAUAUGCAAAUAUGACGAACAUGAAUGUGUCUGUGUUUAUGAAGGACGGACAUAUAACUAUACAGAUAUGAUCUACAAUACUACAGAUGGCAUAGGAGGCUGUAUUGUUGCAACCUGUGGUCCUAAUGGAACACUUCAAAGAGCUGUGUUUGACUGCCCAAUCUCAGUAUCACCCACAAUACCGUUUUACUUCAGCACCACUCCGCCUGCCACUGCUUCCACAGUUACAUCAUCACCAACGACAUCGGUAUGUGUUCAUGAAGUCUGUCAGUGGUCAGAAUGGUAUGAUGGAAGUUCACUAAUACCUGGAUUUGACGGUGGAGAUUUUGAAACAUUCAGUGAUUUGAGAGCUAAAGGUUAUGAAGUCUGUAGAGCUCCAAAGGCAGUUCAAUGCAGGGCAGAGAAAUUUCCUAACAUACCACUGAAGGACCUUGGCCAAAGUGUAGAAUGUAAUACAAAAGAUGGGCUUAUAUGUUACAACAAAGAUCAAAUUUCAACUAUGUGCUACAAUUACGAAAUCAGAAUCUUAUGUUGUGUUUUUGUACCGUGCUCUUCCACUCCAUCCAUCACAACACAUACCCCAGUUCCAGAAAUGACAACCACAACAUCAAGUAUGAUUACCACAACUUCAUCUGCAACCACAGAAACAGGAACUACUUCUGUCACAAGCACUUCGGAAACAGCAAGUACCUCCCCAGAGACAAUCACUACAAUACCUUGCCAACCAAAGUGCAAAUGGUCCCAAUGGUAUGAUGUCCAUUUCCCAACACUGCACAACAAAGGAGAUUAUGAAACCUACCAGGACAUUAGAUCUGCUGGAAAAGCAAUCUGCAGAAACCCUGAAAAAAUACAAUGCAGAGCAGAGAAAUACCCACAUAAAUCUAUUGAAGAAAUAGGCCAGGUUGUCCACUGCAAUGUAACAUAUGGACUUAUCUGCAGAAAUGAAGAUCAAAAAGGAGAACUGCAUAUCUGUCUUAAUUAUCAAGUAAAAGUAUUCUGUUGUGAUGACUACAGCCACUGCCAAUCAAGCGUGACACCUACGGUAAUAGAGGAAAUUACUACCACCACUACACAAACACCAGCUACUACAACCUCAGAAAUUUCAACAACUGCAAUUAAAACAACAACACUAGUCACCGUAUCUCCUUCAACAGCAGCAAUCUGUGUAAAAGAAGAAUGUGACUGGUCAAUUUGGUAUGAUGCCAGCUAUCCAGGAUCGGGAUACGAUGAUGGAGACUUUGAUACAGUUCAGAAUAUAAGAAAACAGGGAUAUACAGUCUGUGCUAACAGAAAGGCUGUUGAAUGCAGAGCGGUAAGAUUCCCUGAUACACCAUAUCAACUCCUGGAACAACAUAUUACAUGCAACACUGAAGAAGGUUUAAUAUGCUAUAAUAAAGACCAGCUACCACCGAUCUGCUACAACUACGAAGUAAGAUUUAAAUGCUGUAAAAACGUAACAAUACCAUGCCAAACAACACAAACACCAUAUUCAACUACAGAAACACAAACAACAACAACAAUUUCAACAACAACAACGACACCAUACACAGAAAUAUCAACAACACAAUACACACCACAGAUACAAACAAAACAUAAGACAACCACUAUAGAAACAAUACCACCAAGAACAGAAAAUAUUCACAGCGAAACCACAUCAACACCAAAUCAAAGCACACAGACAACAAAGAAAACAGCCAUACCGACAGUAACAACCCCCACCACCACAGCUACAACCACCACAACAACGGAACUCUCCACGAGCACAACCAUUAGCACCCUCUCGCCCACCCCUACUCUCAUCUCCUCUACCAGCUCCCCCUCCACCACGCAACACACCACCUCCUGCGAACCUGAACUCUGCUCCUGGACGGACUGGUUUGACGUUGACUUCCCCUCCUCGGGGACAAGCCAGGGAGACUUCGAAACCUACCAGCACAUCCGCGCUGCCGGGAAGGAAGUCUGUCAGCAGCCAAAACAAAUUGAGUGCCAGGCCGAGGACUACCCCGACAUUUCCAUCGAACAAGUCGGACAGGUUGUGCAGUGUGACGUUCACUACGGACUGGUGUGCAGGAACCAGGACCAGCAGGGCAGCUUUAAGAUGUGCCUCAACUACAGGAUCCGUGUCCUCUGCUGCCGGUCUAACCCCAACUGCGUAUACACCAUCACUCCUACCACCAGUCCCACCACCUCCAUCUCCACAGGCACCUCCUCCCCUACGUCCUUCAUCACCGUCACAACCUCCACCUCCACCGCUACGCCCUCCACAACGGCAACAACACCAACAACCAGCACCAGCACCCUCUCGCCCACCCCUACUCUCAUCUCCUCUACCAGCUCCCCCUCCACCACGCAACACACCACCUCCUGCGAACCUGAACUCUGCUCCUGGACGGACUGGUUUGACGUUGACUUCCCCUCCUCGGGGACAAGCCAGGGAGACUUCGAAACCUACCAGCACAUCCGCGCUGCCGGGAAGGAAGUCUGUCAGCAGCCAAAACAAAUUGAGUGCCAGGCCGAGGACUACCCCGACAUUUCCAUCGAACAAGUCGGACAGGUUGUGCAGUGUGACGUUCACUACGGACUGGUGUGCAGGAACCAGGACCAGCAGGGCAGCUUUAAGAUGUGCCUCAACUACAGGAUCCGUGUCCUCUGCUGCCGGUCUAACCCCAACUGCGUAUACACCAUCACUCCUACCACCAGUCCCACCACCUCCAUCUCCACAGGCACCUCCUCCCCUACGUCCUUCAUCACCGUCACAACCUCCACCUCCACCGCUACGCCCUCCACAACGGCAACAACACCAACAACCAGCACCAGCACCCUCUCGCCCACCCCUACUCUCAUCUCCUCUACCAGCUCCCCCUCCACCACGCAACACACCACCUCCUGCGAACCUGAACUCUGCUCCUGGACGGACUGGUUUGACGUUGACUUCCCCUCCUCGGGGACAAGCCAGGGAGACUUCGAAACCUACCAGCACAUCCGCGCUGCCGGGAAGGAAGUCUGUCAGCAGCCAAAACAAAUUGAGUGCCAGGCCGAGGACUACCCCGACAUUUCCAUCGAACAAGUCGGACAGGUUGUGCAGUGUGACGUUCACUACGGACUGGUGUGCAGGAACCAGGACCAGCAGGGCAGCUUUAAGAUGUGCCUCAACUACAGGAUCCGUGUCCUCUGCUGCCGGUCUAACCCCAACUGCGUAUACACCAUCACUCCUACCACCAGUCCCACCACCUCCAUCUCCACAGGCACCUCCUCCCCUACGUCCUUCAUCACCGUCACAACCUCCACCUCCACCGCUACGCCCUCCACAACGGCAACAACACCAACAACCAGCACCAGCACCCUCUCGCCCACCCCUACUCUCAUCUCCUCUACCAGCUCCCCCUCCACCACGCAACACACCACCUCCUGCGAACCUGAACUCUGCUCCUGGACGGACUGGUUUGACGUUGACUUCCCCUCCUCGGGGACAAGCCAGGGAGACUUCGAAACCUACCAGCACAUCCGCGCUGCCGGGAAGGAAGUCUGUCAGCAGCCAAAACAAAUUGAGUGCCAGGCCGAGGACUACCCCGACAUUUCCAUCGAACAAGUCGGACAGGUUGUGCAGUGUGACGUUCACUACGGACUGGUGUGCAGGAACCAGGACCAGCAGGGCAGCUUUAAGAUGUGCCUCAACUACAGGAUCCGUGUCCUCUGCUGCCGGUCUAACCCCAACUGCGUAUACACCAUCACUCCUACCACCAGUCCCACCACCUCCAUCUCCACAGGCACCUCCUCCCCUACGUCCUUCAUCACCGUCACAACCUCCACCUCCACCGCUACGCCCUCCACAACGGCAACAACACCAACAACCAGCACCAGCACCCUCUCGCCCACCCCUACUCUCAUCUCCUCUACCAGCUCCCCCUCCACCACGCAACACACCACCUCCUGCGAACCUGAACUCUGCUCCUGGACGGACUGGUUUGACGUUGACUUCCCCUCCUCGGGGACAAGCCAGGGAGACUUCGAAACCUACCAGCACAUCCGCGCUGCCGGGAAGGAAGUCUGUCAGCAGCCAAAACAAAUUGAGUGCCAGGCCGAGGACUACCCCGACAUUUCCAUCGAACAAGUCGGACAGGUUGUGCAGUGUGACGUUCACUACGGACUGGUGUGCAGGAACCAGGACCAGCAGGGCAGCUUUAAGAUGUGCCUCAACUACAGGAUCCGUGUCCUCUGCUGCCGGUCUAACCCCAACUGCGUAUACACCAUCACUCCUACCACCAGUCCCACCACCUCCAUCUCCACAGGCACCUCCUCCCCUACGUCCUUCAUCACCGUCACAACCUCCACCUCCACCGCUACGCCCUCCACAACGGCAACAACACCAACAACCAGCACCAGCACCCUCUCGCCCACCCCUACUCUCAUCUCCUCUACCAGCUCCCCCUCCACCACGCAACACACCACCUCCUGCGAACCUGAACUCUGCUCCUGGACGGACUGGUUUGACGUUGACUUCCCCUCCUCGGGGACAAGCCAGGGAGACUUCGAAACCUACCAGCACAUCCGCGCUGCCGGGAAGGAAGUCUGUCAGCAGCCAAAACAAAUUGAGUGCCAGGCCGAGGACUACCCCGACAUUUCCAUCGAACAAGUCGGACAGGUUGUGCAGUGUGACGUUCACUACGGACUGGUGUGCAGGAACCAGGACCAGCAGGGCAGCUUUAAGAUGUGCCUCAACUACAGGAUCCGUGUCCUCUGCUGCCGGUCUAACCCCAACUGCGUAUACACCAUCACUCCUACCACCAGUCCCACCACCUCCAUCUCCACAGGCACCUCCUCCCCUACGUCCUUCAUCACCGUCACAACCUCCACCUCCACCGCUACGCCCUCCACAACGGCAACAACACCAACAACCAGCACCAGCACCCUCUCGCCCACCCCUACUCUCAUCUCCUCUACCAGCUCCCCCUCCACCACGCAACACACCACCUCCUGCGAACCUGAACUCUGCUCCUGGACGGACUGGUUUGACGUUGACUUCCCCUCCUCGGGGACAAGCCAGGGAGACUUCGAAACCUACCAGCACAUCCGCGCUGCCGGGAAGGAAGUCUGUCAGCAGCCAAAACAAAUUGAGUGCCAGGCCGAGGACUACCCCGACAUUUCCAUCGAACAAGUCGGACAGGUUGUGCAGUGUGACGUUCACUACGGACUGGUGUGCAGGAACCAGGACCAGCAGGGCAGCUUUAAGAUGUGCCUCAACUACAGGAUCCGUGUCCUCUGCUGCCGGUCUAACCCCAACUGCGUAUACACCAUCACUCCUACCACCAGUCCCACCACCUCCAUCUCCACAGGCACCUCCUCCCCUACGUCCUUCAUCACCGUCACAACCUCCACCUCCACCGCUACGCCCUCCACAACGGCAACAACACCAACAACCAGCACCAGCACCCUCUCGCCCACCCCUACUCUCAUCUCCUCUACCAGCUCCCCCUCCACCACGCAACACACCACCUCCUGCGAACCUGAACUCUGCUCCUGGACGGACUGGUUUGACGUUGACUUCCCCUCCUCGGGGACAAGCCAGGGAGACUUCGAAACCUACCAGCACAUCCGCGCUGCCGGGAAGGAAGUCUGUCAGCAGCCAAAACAAAUUGAGUGCCAGGCCGAGGACUACCCCGACAUUUCCAUCGAACAAGUCGGACAGGUUGUGCAGUGUGACGUUCACUACGGACUGGUGUGCAGGAACCAGGACCAGCAGGGCAGCUUUAAGAUGUGCCUCAACUACAGGAUCCGUGUCCUCUGCUGCCGGUCUAACCCCAACUGCGUAUACACCAUCACUCCUACCACCAGUCCCACCACCUCCAUCUCCACAGGCACCUCCUCCCCUACGUCCUUCAUCACCGUCACAACCUCCACAUUUUCCACCAGUUUCAGCACCAGUACUUCUAUAUCAACAUCAUGUUUCUGUAAAAUUGGAAACAACAUUUAUUCACCUGGUGGACUGAUUUACAGCACAAUGGAUAGUGAUGGAUGUAGAUUUUAUGCUAGGUGUAGUGAAAAAUGUACAGUUGAACGCUACACUGGAGACUGUAAUUUUACUACUCCAUUAACCACUGCAUCUCCUCAGACGCCUACCAUAAUAACAACACAUCCAAUUCUUCCUCCGGGUUGUGUUUCUGGUACUCACCCUCCCCUACAGCCUGGCCAGAGAUUCAAAUUAUCCAACUGUACAGAACUCAUCUGUGAGGGAAACAACAAAGUUAUUGUAAACCAAACAGUAUGUCCACCUAUAAAGGAAAUUACCUGUGCAAACAAAUAUCCAGCAGUAUUGGUACCUGAUGAAAAUGGAUGCUGUUACCACUAUGAGUGUCAAUGUGUCUGCAGUGGAUGGGGUGAUCCUCAUUAUAUUACUUUUGAUGGAACCUACUAUACUUUCCUUGAAAAUUGCACUUAUGUUCUGGUGAAACAGAUUGUGCCUAAAUAUGACAACUUCCGUGUUCACAUUGAGAAUUACUACUGUGAUUCAAAAGAUGGACUUUCCUGUCCUAAAUCCAUUAUUAUUUUCUACAAAUCUGCAACAGUGAAGCUGACCCGUGAACUCCUGAAUGGUGUGAUGACAAAUGUGAUGUACUUCAACAAUAAGAUUGUCCAACCAGGCUUUCACAAAGAUGGCAUUUAUUUCUCCACACUUGGAAUCAAUAUGAUUGUAGAAAUACCAGAAAUUGGCGCAACCAUCACCUUCAGUGGGCUGAUCUUUUCUGUGAAACUCCCAUACAGCAAAUUUGGCAACAAUACUGAAGGACAAUGUGGAACAUGUACAAAUAACAAAAGAGAUGAAUGUCGCUUGCCAAGUGGUAAGAUCAUUUCUUCCUGUCCCCAAAUGGCUCAUCACUGGCUUGUUGGUAAUGACACAUCAUGCACUGGAGUACCACCACCAUCAAUAGUAACCACACCUCCUGCAAGGCCACAGUGUCAUGUUCCUGAACUCUGCAAGCUUAUCAUAAGCAAAGUUUUUGCAGAAUGCCAUGACGUGAUACCUCCAGAACCAUUUUACAAAGGAUGUGUUUUUGAUGGAUGUCGCAUAACUGAUGAAUCCAUGCAGUGUUCCAGUUUGGAGAUAUAUGCUACAGAGUGUGCUGCAAGAGGUGUCUGCAUUGACUGGAGAGGAAAGACAAACAAUACGUGCCCAUACAACUGUCCAGCAAACAUGGUAUACAAGCCAUGUGAGUCCAUUAAUUCUGCUACCUGCAGCCAAAGCUUUGUUGACCGUCCUGGCUAUGGAGUAACUGAAGGUUGUUUCUGUCCUGAAGGAAAGACACUCUUGAGUGAAGACAGCAACAUUUGUGUCUCUGAAUGCUCUUGUAGAGAGCCAAAUGGAGUAUUCAGAUGGCCAGGAGAAAAAUGGACAAAAAAUUGCCAGGAAUGUGUCUGUGACAGAUCUACUCUCAGAGUGCAUUGCACAAAAUACGAAUGUCCUCUGCCACAGCAAGUAUCUUGUUCUGAACCAGGAUACAUGCCUGUUCAGACGCAGAUACCAGAAGAUCCAUGCUGUACCAGGACUGAGUGCUACUGCAAUACGAGCCUCUGCCCUGAGGUCACACAACAAUGCUUAGAGGGACAGGAAGUAAUUACAGUAACACAGCCUGGAAAAUGCUGCCCUACCUUUGAAUGCAGACAUGGCUGUGUAGUCAAUGAAACCUACUAUGCGCCUGGAACUGUGAUUCCAUCAGGCCCCUGUGAAAGCUGCAGCUGCUCCAUAUCCUCUUAUUCAAGCCAUCAGAAGUUUGCUGUCAAGUGCCAGCCUGUUACCUGUGACACCUAUUGUCCAGUGGGUUACAAGUAUACAGAGGAACCUGGAAAGUGCUGUGGCACAUGCAAGGCUGAAGCCUGCAUAGUGGUCAUGGAAGACAACACUACACACGUGCUUAAGGUUGGAAAAUUCUGGAGCCCACCUGGUAAUAACUGUACAACUUACACAUGUGAAAAAUACAAUGGCCAGUUCAUUACAGUCAUAUCAAAGAAAAGCUGUCCCGCCUUCAACCCGGAUCUCUGUGAACCUGACAGCAUCAGGCUAUCAGAUGAUGGCUGCUGUAGUGUGUGCUCAAUCCCACCAUCAGGUUGCAAGAAGCAUAACACCACUACUGUCAUCAAAUACCAAGGAUGUGUUUCUGCACCUGUUGAGAUGACAUACUGUGAAGGCAGCUGUGAUGCUUACUCAAGGUACUCUCAAGAAGCAAACAUGAUGGAACAUAAAUGCUCAUGUUGCCAGGAAAUCCAGACUAGUGUAAGAAAGGUGACUUUGACAUGCAGUGAUGGAACCUAUCUUGAUCACUCAUACACCUAUGUGGACCAAUGCAGCUGUGUUGGUGCUGAGUGUGUUCCACAAGACAUUGCCAACCAACAACAGCAAACAGGCAAAAUAUGAGAUAAAGAAGAAAAAGGGAACGCAAGAAAAAGGGAACGUCUAAAAUUAAAACUAAAGAGAAGCCAAAUGAGUUGAACAUAGAUGAAAACACAUCUGAAAGAAAGUGUCAAAAGCAGCUACAAUUUUUUACGAACAGAUUAUAUUUUCUGCAUACAAGCUCAAUACGUCUGUCUACACUAUGUCAGCUUUCCUUACCAUUGUGUCUCAUACUGUUUUUCAUGACUUUUCUUUACACCUUGAGAGGUACAGUAUAAGAUCAUAUACUGUAUACAAAACAUAUACAAAAUUUUCAUAUUUCUUGUUAGUUUGUCUUAUGAGAAGUGCUAAACCAUAAGAUUUAGACCACACAAAGUCUUUUAUUAGAAUGACAUUGUUUUCAAGGCUUUCCUUUCAUGGCACAAUAUAAACUGCACUGGUAAAGAAUAAAUAUUACUCUGCAGGAAAUCAAGUUUUGCUGGUCAUUACAUUCGACAACUACUUGACAUUAUCUGAGAUUUCCUUUGAUACACUGAACUAUUACGGAACAUUUCAAUUUCAGUUCACUGAGACAGAUCAAAAGCUAAAGUCCAAGAAAAAGAAAACUGUACCUCUGUUGUACUUUCUGUUUUGCAUUAUGGAAAACUUAGAUUGCAAAAAGCCAGAUCUUCUCAAAGCUAUAAAAUUCAAUGUUAUAAACAAUUUUUAGGGCAUUUCCCUAUCUAUUCUCAUGAGAAAGAAAAGAAAGAAAACAAAAGAAGAAAGAAGAAAGAGAGGGAGAAAGAUACUAAAAUGAUAAGCUGCUGCAUACUACUCUUUGUUUACAUAACAUCAUCAGCAUAGAAACUGUAUGAAAAUUUGGAAUUUUUUUUUCCUUUGUGGUUAACUGUUUACAGAAGAAAUAUAUAUAUAUAUAUAUAUAUAUUGCCAAUGGGGCAUAUGAAGGACUUUUGUAAACAAAAGUAAUAAUAAUAAUAUUAUAUGUAAAUUCUUUCCUAGAAAGCUUUUAAAAAGUUGUACUAUUGCUAUUUAUUUUGUUUUUUUGGAGAACUGAUUUAUUGGGCCAUUUCUUUCAGAAUUAACAUUACCCCAUUUUUUAGUCUUAGUCAUAUUAUCUGGGUGUGGUGUAUUUUCUUCUUCCAUUUUGUUUUGGAAUAUUAUUUUAUUUUUGUUCUUUAUGAAAAAAAGUAAUGAUGAUUAAUAAAUUGUAAGCAUUUUA